AUGGAGGUCAAGGAGGACAUUGUUCUUACGUCAAAGACCCUUUUGGUCGCUACGUUUCUGGCGUUGUCGAUGCUGCUCGUCGCGACAGUCGAGGCCGGACACGCGCACUCUUUCCAACAUUUCCACGGUCCCGUGAUAGGCGAUGGUCAAGAGGUCACCUGGAAAGACAAACACGGCCACCAUCAUCACGAUUACGUGGCCUAUCCGCACUACAAGUUCUCCUACGGCGUGGAGGACCAUCACACCGGCGACUAUCAUGGCCAAAAGGAGCACAGGGACGGCAAAGAAGUCGUCGGGGAAUACACGGUGAAAGAACCAGGCGGCAACGUUCGAACCGUGAAAUAUCAUGCCGGAAAGGACGGCUUUUUCGCCCGUGUCUUCAACAGCAACGGCAACGACCACCAGGGAGACCACCAUCGUUAA